CCUAGCUAGUCGGGAGGGGGCGUGGCUGCCCAGAACCGGAAGUGGGAACCCGGCUCCGCGCGGACAAGGGCUACGGAAUAUGCUUCAAGAAAGUGAACAUGGGAAAUGGACGAUAUCUAGCAGUGACGAAAGCACAGAAGAAAACUCUGACCAUGAGAAGCCAUCUACAUCUGCAUUAUUACCAAAUGGGCAUGGCAAAAAUAGAGGACCACAGUACCCAUGUUCAGAAGCCAGAAAAGUUGCUCACAAGAGAAAAGCUUCUCCUGCAAAAUUUACUGAGGGAAGUUUUCUUACUGAGGUAUCUCCAGCAAAAAAACAGAGAACUUCCCAAGAAGGCUUAGGCUGGUGUCUUUCAAGUAGUGAUGAAGAACCUGAACCUGAAAGUCAGCCAAAGGAUGUGAAAAAAGAAAUGGUCAAAGAGGAGAAAUAUGACAUGCCUGAAGACCAACUUCCAUGUCUACGUAAAGAUAACAAUGCAUGCUCAAUGAGUCCCAAAUCAGAAGAGCAUCAUGAGGCAUCAGGUGAAGUAAAGGGCAUUUGGGAUUUGUUGAAUGGAAGAAAUCCUUUCAGAUUCUUCCUCACUAAAGUUAAAGGCAUUAAAUCUAAGUACAACUCUGGAGCACUUCAUAUAAAAGAUAUUUUGUCACCUCUCUUUGGAACUCUUGUGUCUUCUGCCCAGUUUAACUAUUGCGUAGAUGUGGGAUGGCUCAUAAGACAGUAUCCACAGGAGUUCAGGAAAAAGCCUUUAUUAAUAGUCCACGGUGAGAAGAGAGAAUCCAAGGCUCAGCUGAUUGCACAGGCACGCCCAUAUGAAAAUGUUAGCCUUUGCCAGGCUAAGCUGGAUAUUGCCUUUGGGACCCACCACACGAAAAUGAUGUUGUUGUUAUAUGAAGAAGGUCUUCGAGUUGUGAUACACACAUCCAACCUCAUUGCUGAUGACUGGUACCAGAAAACUCAGGGAAUAUGGUUAAGUCCUCUAUAUUCAAGGCUACCUUCAGGAACUCCUGGUUCUUCUGGUGAAUCUGUAACCAAUUUUAAGUCUGACUUAAUAAGCUACUUGGUAUCUUACAAUUCUCCAUCUCUCAAAGAGUGGGUGGAUAUAAUCCAGGAACAUGAUCUUUCAGAGACAAAAGUAUAUCUGAUUGGAUCAACCCCAGGAAGAUACCAAGGCCCUCAAAAAGAAAAGUGGGGUCACUUUAGGCUCAGAAAGCUUUUGAAAGAGCAUGCAUCACCAAUACCAGCCCAAGAAUCUUGGCCUGUAAUAGGACAGUUUUCAAGUAUCGGAUCCAUGGGAGCUGACCAGUCCAAAUGGCUGUGUUCGGAAUUUCAGGAGAGCCUGGUUGCUUUAGGCAACAGAGCGAAGACUCUAGCGAGACAAGACAUUCCAGUCCAUUUGGUUUAUCCUACUGUGGACAAUGUGAGGCAGAGUUUGGAAGGAUACCCUGCUGGUGGCUCACUUCCCUACAGUAUGCAAACAGCACAGAAACAACUUUGGCUGCAUUCCUAUUUCCACAAAUGGUCAGCAGAGGUCUCAGGCCGAAGCCAUGCCAUGCCUCACAUUAAGACUUAUAUGAGGGCAUCUCCUGACUUCCAGAAGAUUGCAUGGUUUUUAGUUACCAGUGCCAAUCUUUCUAAAGCUGCUUGGGGAGCUUUGGAGAAAAAUGGCACCCAGCUGAUGAUCCGUUCCUAUGAGCUUGGAGUUCUUUUCCUGCCUUCAGCAUUUCAGUUGGAUACAGAUUACUUCCAUGUGAAGGAGAAUUUUUUUUCAGAAAAUCAAGAGUCAGUGGCAUCUUUUCCUGUUCCUUACGAUUUGCCUCUGGAACAGUAUGGAAGCAAAGACCGACCAUGGAUUUGGAAUAUCCCCUACACCAAAGCACCGGAUACUCAUGGAAACAUGUGGGUUCCAUCAUGAAAGCUCCAAGCAAACUCUGAGAUUACAGCACCUGACACUGAGCCUACUGUCAAGCUGUGAGACUGAUUCACUUCUGAUUUUAAGAUGUGAAAUUGUAUGUUGUUUAACCAAUUUUGUAUUUUGUAACACAUCAAUAAUAUUAAAGAGUGCUUUGAGAGAGAAUGGGAAGUGGGAAUCCUUAGCGAAACUGUAGUCGCAUUCCUAUUUAUGGACUUCCUAGAAAGUAGGGCAGUGUAUUUUUAAAUGCUGUUUUCUAUCCUCCUUUUGUGGUGGAGGUUACACUUUGAAAGGUGUUAAAAUGACAGUGUUAGAUAUAUUCAGAGGUUCCCACUGAUUUUAGUCAGAAUAUAUUCAUACCUGUUAGUAUUCUUCUAGACUGUUAUUGGUCCCUUGGUGAUGGCUAAAAGAGUUUUGUAUGCAUAAUUAAGUAAAAAGUGAAUAAAAGGCAUUUUUUUACACUUCCCAUCAAAAUGGAACUGGCCUGUUGCUUUCUCCUCUACAAUAGUUAGUCCUCUCCAUUAAGAGGGUAGGUUGCUCCCAUAAAUGCUAGUAUUUAUUGGUUUUAGCUUCUCUAAGUAUAUUUAUUCCAUUAAUUUCCUCCCAGUUGUCCAAAUUGUAGUCAAAACACUAGUGCAAAUAACUAGACCUGGGGUCUGGAAAGCUUUCUUGGGGGUGAGAUCUGUGAUGUGGUGUCAGAGCUGCUCCCCAGCUGCUACUCUAGCUUGCAAAUCUCAGUUGUACAGUGCACUCUCUCCAGCUUCCCACUCCCCUCACCUUUCAGUUCAGCUUUGGUUUGGAUCCCGGCCAAAUCUGCCACAUUUGGUUGGGAUCCAAACCAACACUGAUCUAGUGCUGAUGUUUGCAUCUUGCAAUCUCUCAGUACACAAAGGACACAGAAAUUAAUACUGCUUUAAGUAGUAGUGAUUUAAUGCUCCUUUUCUGGACUCCAGCCUACUCCAGCCUGUUUGUUAGACCUACCUCUGCUGCAAUACUUUCAUCAAAUUAGUAAGGCAUCAGUAUAAUCAAAACAGGGAAAACUUGUAAUUUUUCCUGCAUCAUGCCAUGUUCCAGCCCCUACUUAUCCUGGUAAACUCUCUCUUCUGCACUCUUCAGGUCUGUUACCAGAUAGUUCCCCUGUUUGGAGUCUACUUGAUGGCCCUUUGUCCGUGUUGUUAUUGUAAUUUAAAUUUAUAUUCCACCCUAUCCAGAAAGGCUCAGGAAAUGGGCGACAGAUGGAAUCACCUUCCAUGUACCUUGUCUUUAGUGCAGAAAUUGUCUAGUGAUUGCUGCAAUCACUGGAUGUAACUGAACAAGUUUGACUGCAUAUAUGGAAGCUGUUCAAAUGGUCACGGCUCUCAAUAGCCUGCUUCCCUUUUCUAAAGCCAGAGUGAAGU